GUGUUAAUGAUUACCCUUAAGUUGGACUGGAGGCAUGGAGGGGUCAGGUACAGAGCAGAAGGGCUCCCCCAAGUGCAGCUUUCUGACAAACUCACUUUUGUGCCAUGAAAACAGACAGAGGUUAUGGAGGAUCUGCAAUUUUAUUAUGUUUGGGUUUUUCAGUCUGGCAGCUUACGUGCAAAUAAAUGACCCUGAUGCAGAAAUGUGGAUUGUAAUAUAUAUGAUCCCAGCGGUACUGAUUCUCUUCGUUAGUAUAAAGCCGGACAUUACAGGUCACGUGAUCUGGAAAUUGCUAGCGGAUCUGCAUUCUGCCGUUUGUGCAGUUGGUGCCAUCUACCUCUCUGGGUGCCUGUAUUUCUACACUUCAAAAAACAUCUUGCAUGAAGAGGAAGGCAGGGAACUUUCAGGCCUGUUGAUAAUUAGUGGAUGGUUACUUCUCUGCAGGAAAUCACAUCAGUCGGCCAUUGGUGCAAUCAGGCUCAUUAUUGCCAUUUCGGUUUCAACUGCCCCCUUUUUCAUUUGGAUCUACAUUUAUAUUGACAAGGAAAUGCGAACAUCCUGGCCACAGCACUGUAAAACUGUCAUCUGAUUGGCGCAAACUCAAUGGAUGUAAGCCCGUUUUGCAGUCUCAGCUACUAAAUUCAACAUCGCAUUACAAGCAAAUGACUGGGAUUCAAUCCCUUUGCUGUUCAGAUUUUGGUCAGACCAGGGCUGGAUUCACAAAGUAGGCACCCCUAGGCCCACUUUCGUUCUUCGCCCCUGUCCCCUCCCCUAUUUCCUGCUCAUCCCCAGUGCUUCUGAACCAAUGUGGGUGUAGUUCUUAAGAUAAAUGUCUCUUAAAUAUUCUCUAGAUGCCGUUAAUUAGUGAAUGUUCUCUUGCAGACUAGAUGGGUUCAGAGACAGAUUUGAAGACCGAGUGCCAGCCCAUAAUCUCUGGAAAUGUGGGUCCCUGGCCAGAAACCUCCUGGAAUGCUGUACAGGUAUGGGAUCUGUUAUCCAGAAAUCCAUUAUCCAUAAAGGCCGUAUCCCAUAAACUCCAUUUUAUCCAAAUAAUCAAAAUGUUUAAACAUUUUUUCCUUUUUCGCUCUAAUAAUAACACAGUACCUUGUACUUGAUGCAAACUAAGAUAUUAAUCCUUAUUGGAAGCAAAACCAGGAUAUUGGAUUUAUUUAAUGUUUAUAUGAUUUUCUGGUAGACUUAAGGAAUGAAGAAAUUAAAGAAAUAGCCUUUAUCCGGAAAACACCAGGUGCCCCAGCAUUCUGGAUAACAGAUCCCAUACCUGUAUUUUAAAAGCAGGGCUUUUUUAUGCCAUAGAGGCACAUAUUCUUUGUUACUAAUUCCUCAGUGAGGAGCUGUGUCAUUGUAAGGAUCAGUUUUAUAGUGACACUAGACUUUAUAUAUUUUAUAUAAAACAAUAAACAUAGACCAUAUCAUUUCCUGAUAUAUGUAUUGAAUUAUAUAUCAAUCAAUUAAAAUUUG